ACAUGCAACGAUGCGAUCAAUAUCUGCAUCCAUUCAUUUUUUGGGGACAAACGGAAAUUUACAGAGUGGACACAAGAUCGCGUUAACAGCUCGAGUGCAUCCUAAAUUGCUUCUAAAAAGGAAUCAACGUCGUUGAGCAAGCUAGGCUAUGCUGGAGCAGCUAGGCCGUCUGAUUUCAGUUCUUUUCAUUAUUAAUAUAUGUUCACGGAUAGUGGCAGACAUCGAAAAUAAACAACAACGUUUUCCUUCUUCUGUCAACCACCAGCAGCCAUUUUUUAACCAAUCAAAUGGCAUGGAAGAAUCGAAGAUGAAGGCAACUUGGAUUUUUCUGGACAAACCUGCCGAAGAAGCUUUGAAUGAAGAGAAGUUAAUGAGAAUGGCUAAUUGGGUAUCGCAAGUAACGGCACUCCCGCCACCCAUGAAAUAUCCCAAUACCAAAAGACAGGAGACAGAGACAACAAAAGAAUGGCAAAAAGGACCAGAGGAGGAAAUGAAAGAACCAGCUGGAUCUAAGAAACCACCUGGCUGUGCACAGUAUGGUCGAUAUUAUUGCAGCUACAAAGAAGAUUAUCCCGUAGACGUGGUGAGCCAAGUAAUUAAGUACAUGAAAUGGCCAUUGGAAAAAUUAUUCAGAGAUUUAAAACAACAAAGAAUGCCACGAAUAGCAGAGAAUGCAGACGGUGCUCUAGUGUGUGAUUCCAUUACCCGUAUGAUUCGUCCUGGAUGGGCGAAGAACAACAACGGCAGAUGGGUCGUUAUUAUCAACACAGAACAGUAUGCGCAGUUUGUGACAGAAGUUAUAUGCAGAUACGAUAAUUCCUACUGCAACUUUGUACCACCAUGUUAUCAAGCAACCUGCCAACAAAGAUACAACACCCAGACGUUAUUGGCGAUAGAUCCAUAUAAUCCACACAAAGGACCAUUUCUUUCCAAGUUCCUUUUCCCUUCCUGCUGCGUUUGUUAUGUGCCCAAAGUUAAAUUUGAUAAAAACAGUGACGAUUAUUGAAAAUAUGAAAAACAGGGUGUUUCUUAACGGUCACCCUUAAUACAUAUUUCUCGAAUCUUAGUAAAAAAUGAAGUCAAAGAAAUAUGCACGUUUGGAGUUGCAAUUUAAUGUAAAGCUAUAGGAUAAAAAUGUCAUCAAAACUUGACGAAUCACUACUGAGGAAGGCUAAAUUAAAAAAUUUCAGGUGAAACUAAGAAAAGGUGAAAAGUGAUUGUUAGUUUCAUACGGUAAGCUGGUUUUGAUCCUUCCUUCCUCAAUAGUGAAUCGACAAACUUAGAUAGUUUUUUUUUCAUAGCUUAAAUAUUUUGUGAUUCCUAAUCUGCAUACUUUUUGGACUUUAUUAUUGAGAAAGAUUCUAAAAAUAUAUAUUAAAGAUGGUCAUUACGGCACAGCCUUCAUAUUGUCCGUUUUUAAGACAAUAUAUUUUAAGUAAAUGUAUUAAAAUAUAGCAGUUUUAUGUUUA